AUGCUUCUUCCAAAGGGUGGUCUGAACUGGAAAGCCGCAAGAGGCUCACUACCGCCCUCAAGGGCGAUAUGGACUUUUGUCACAAGAACCAGGUUCCUGUUGCUCGUCGCCCUGUCCGGCGUGUUUCUAUUACUAUGGCGCGGAAUCAGGUCUUCAGCUUCCGAGAUGCAGAGCUUCUACUGUUGGGGACCAUCAAAGCCUCCUAUGGAGAUGACGGUGAAUGAGCAGGCCGCAUGGAACGCCCAUAUGCAAACUCCUGUCAUAUUCAAUCACCACACGCCUUUAGAAAUCAACUCGUCUACCAUCAUCCACCACGAUCUGAAUCCUAUCAAGUCGACCCCCAAGGCCGUCGCCAACGAGGAGCGCGUUCUCAUCCUGACGCCACUCAAGGACGCAGCGCCUUAUCUUUCCAAGUACUUUGAAUUGAUUGCCGAGCUUACAUACCCCCACCACCUGAUCGACCUUGCCUUCCUUGUUGGCGAUUCAACCGACGAUACUCUCGCAGUCCUCUCCUCCGAGAUCGAUAGGAUACAGAAGCGUUCCGACAAUGUUCCUUUCCGCAGCGCCACGAUCGUCGAGAAGGACUUUAACUUCAAGCUAAGCCAAGACGUCCAGGACCGCCACGGCUUCGAGGCCCAGGCGCCACGCCGCAAGAACAUGGGGCGUGCCCGUAACUACCUACUCUAUACUGCACUGAAGCCAGAACACUCCUGGGUCUAUUGGCGCGAUGUCGACAUCGUCGACAGCCCCAAGGCUGUGCUGGAGGACUUUGUUGCCCACGACAAGGAUAUCCUUGUUCCUAACAUUUGGUUCCAUCGCUACAAGGAUGGCAAAGAUAUUGAGGGCCGAUUCGACUACAACUCCUGGAUCGAGUCCGACAAGGGCCGUAAAUUGGUAGCUAGUCUCGACAAGGAUGUUGUCCUCGCAGAGGGUUACAAGCAGUACGACACUGGCCGUACCUACAUGGCUAAGAUGGGCGACUGGCGUGAAGACGCGACCAAGGAGAUUGAGCUUGACGGCAUUGGUGGCGUGAACAUUGUUGUCAAGGCAGAUGUUCACAGAUCAGGCAUCAACUUCCCUUGCUACGCCUUUGAGAAUCAAGCCGAGACAGAAGGCUUUGCCAAGAUGGCCAAGAAGGCAGGAUACCAAGUCAUUGGUCUCCCCAACUACGUAGUAUGGCACAUCGACACUGAUGAGAAGGCAGGCAAUGCCUGA